AUGGUAGAGGUAUUAAAUAACUGCCCAGAGCCUGUGAAGAAUGACAGUUCGACUUUAAAAGAAAACUCUUCCAGGAACAAUGAAACCUUCAGCAAACUAAAGACUAAAAUCCUAAAAGAAACAAACGAGACUUUGGAGAUACUCCAAGAGAGUUUUGGCCUUGGGUCUACUGAAUUUAGCCAAAUGUCUUCAUCACAGAAGUUACUUAAACCAUUGAGUCUAAGUAACUCGUUAAAUGUUAAAGAGCCUGUAAAUUGUGCUGUUGGCAAGAAGAGGACAAUAAAGAAGAAAAUCAAGAAACCGCAGUCCAGGAACAUCGUCGUCUCCACUAUAUUUGGAAAGAAAGAGUUGAUUAAGAGGAAUGAGUCGAAAAGUGUUACUUUAAAUGAGUAUAAAUUUACAAGUAUCAACUACAAUGCAAAAUUAAGAAAACAAGUUUCUCCAGAUUCAAAUCGACACGAUACCACUUUAGCAGGGGAUACUGUAGAAUCUCCAAAUAGAAUUGCAAUUACGCACUCAAUCCCAAUUCAAGCUCCAAUUCAAACGUCAAUGUCAGCUCUGGCUCCCGACAUUGAAUUGGACACCAACGUUCACUUAAAAUAUUCGGAAUUGAUUGAAAACUUUUCAAUGAAAGUUAUAUCUCUUCUUAACAACGAAAUAGACUCAAAGUAA